CCAUAAAACCAAACGAGUUCAAUGGUUACACGUUAGCAAAAAGAAUAUCGUUUGGGUCAUUUCCCAUUUCCCAUUUCCCGCGCAUUUUCGUCCUUUUCAUAGAUUUUCUUCUUCUUUACUUCUGCAGACCGUCCUAAUCAGAUUCAGAGCAGGCCUCGAUUCAUCAUCGGUUUUAUCUUUCAAACCCAACAAUCAAUCACACACUUCUCAAAAAUCCGAGUUCCAUCUUUGCGGAACCCUAAACUGAGUAAACUAAUGUCCCUUUGAAUAUUUGUGUGUGGAUUUUGAUGUUCUCUCCUGUUCGACAAACCAAGGAGGGGAAAUAUCAAUAUGGAAGAUAAUAGUGGGGAACAAAGAAUGAAGCUCCAAAGAACAAGUAAGGAUGUGGAUUUUAGUGAUCUACCGGAUUCUAUUUUGUGUCACAUUCUCUCCUAUCUUCCUACCAAAGAAGCUAUGAUGACGAGCUUUUUAAGCAAGGGAUGGGGAUCUCUAUGGACCUCUAUUCCACUAAUUGACUUAGACGAGAGGCAAUUUAUUGGGCGAACUCGAAAUUUGAAGCAUAAUGUCUCUGGGGUUAAUUUUCAGCAGCAGAAGAAAUUUUCUGAUUUUGUUGAAAGGUUUAUUGAUUUUCAUGGAGGCUUGAAUGUACCGGAGAUUCGACUACGGUUUGAUGUUGGAAGUUAUCUCAAGUUUUCUUCUCGUGCUGAAAGGUGGGUUCGUACUGUGAUGACUACUGAUGUUACGGCAAUUGAUAUAGAUUUUUCUGGUAAAAGCUUGGAUUGGUCAGACAUGAACAAGAAUAUGUAUACUUUGCCUUCAUGUGGGUUCCCAUCCAGAUCAUUGACGGCUUUAAGAUUAAGAUUUUGUGAGUUUAAACCCUUGCAGAACAAUAGCUUUGUGUCUCUUCAAACUGUAAGUUUGACGGCUGUAAAAGUAUCCGAUUCCUCAGUUAAUGCUCUGAUAUGUGAUUCUCCAUGCCUAGAAAACUUGCAUCUGGAGUGCUGUUAUGUUCCCAAUUCUUUUCAUGUUGAAGCUCCUGCAUCAUCACAUCUCAAGUUUAUGGUGGUUGAUAACUGUGUUACUCCAGGACAUAAAUUCAUUGAACAUUUCUCUAUAAAUAUUCCAAGCCUUCAGAGCUUUAAGUUUAAGGGUAUUAUAAAUGACUUCUCUGUGAAGAACUUGAGGAAUUUGAUUGAUGCUGAAAUUGACGAGCAAAAUGAGUACAAUGGGUUUGAAGAUCGUGAAUACCGCAUGGUAUGUGAGCUAUUCAAUGGUCUUGGUCAUGUCCAGGUUCUAACACUAUCUAGCUGGUUUCUCGAGGUAUGUUUCUUGUUUGCAUGCUUUGUCAGGAGUGUUGUUUUUAAUCAAAUUCAGUUCAUGUUUCAUGGAAAUUGUUAUGAACCCAGGAUAUGGCAAUGGCUGAUGUGCUUUCAUCUGUUGAACUCUACCCAUAUUGAGACACUUUGACAUUGAUUAUUUUAAAAUUGUUUUUCCCCCAAUAUCCAUGAAAAUUGAUAUCUAGUUGUUGAUUAUUUAGGCUCUAUGUUAGCCCUGAAUUGAGGGCAAAAGGACCAAGACCUCAAAGGAGGAAGAAAAUCUCCGGAUUAGUGUAGAGGAGAAUGGGACAAUGUUUAAAUAUUUAUGCAUCCAACAAUUUGAAAAGGGUUUUGAGGAAAGGGAUAUAGGUCUAUGCAUACCCUAUUAAUAUUGUGCCAAUGAGAAAAGGCAUUAGAAAACAUAAUGCAUCAAGGAAUCUUAAUUGCAUCAUGAGAGGCUGAGUCAGGAUAAUUUUGACGAAUAGCCUUUGUUGUUCUUUCUUAGUUUCUAUUUGGGAGGCCAUUAUUGGAUUUUCUUGGAAUUACGGAUGGGCUUUGGCCCAGUAACUUUGUAAUAGAUUCUUUUUGUUUGAUACAUAUAAAAGUCAUAAUAUUUAAUUAAUUACAUCUAUUCCAUCUGCAUUCAAGCCCGUACUGCUCCAAUCCUUGUAUGCCUUAGCAGCAAUUCAAUUACAUCUCUCUCUCUCUCUCUCUCUCUCUCUCGUGUAGCAUUAGUAGAAAGUAAACCUGCGAUGAGAUCUUCCAUGUGGGAUUACCAAAGUCAAAAGCAGUUAGGAUCCAAGAGAUCUUCAAAGUUUGACUUGACAGUAGAUUGAGCUGAUAUGUUUCUAAACCAUAUUCUUCUAAUCUCCACUUCCAAUUUGUUCUUGUAUUCUCCAACAGGGAUAAAAGAAAAAAAAAGAAAAAAAAAAAGUAAACUCCGAUUCAUUGAUAUUACAGCAAGUAUGGCACCAUACAAUAUUUGUAGAAAAAGAAGCUUGUAAAUUUGCCAUUAGACGAUACAAAUCUGUUGGAAGCUUGAUGAUGUCAUCAGUGGCCAGAUUGAUUUAUAAAUUUCUCUCUACAUCGGAUCAUUUAAUUGUCUGUAAUCUCUUCUUGGGAGGAUGGAUGGUUGGAAGAGAGAGAGAAGGAUGAAAAAUAAAGAGUGAUGGGUGUAAAAUAAACUAGGGAUAGUUAUAUGGAAAUGGGAUGUAUACAUGGUAUUUAUUCUUAAAAUAUAAAUUAGCAGGUAAGUUGGUACUAGUCAUUCCGUUACCAGAAAAUGUUUAGGGUCUACAAGAGAGAAAGUUUGUCAACAAUGAUUUUCAAUGUAAACGAAAUUAAAGCCUUUUCUAUUUUUAUGAUGGCUUUUUCAGAUAUUCUACGUAUUUUAAAUAACUUGAUCUUAUUAUUUGAUUAAAUUUUAGAAAAUUUUCAUGCAUGAGUUCACAUAACCUCAUUAAGCUGAAGUUGAAUGGUCAUAUAUUUAGGAAAUUCCUGGAGGAUUGAUCAUUCCGAUACAACCAUUCAUAGGUAAGUUGACCUAUGCAUUGGCUGUUUGGAAAAUUUGAGUCCCACAACAAUUGCAUGGCCCACCCUAUAUUAAAUUAUUCCUCUUGAGAAAGUUGAAAGCAGGCAGGACGCCAGGCCCAUAUGAGGUCCCAAUAGAAGUAUGAAAGAGUCUAGGAGUAUGUGGGGUAUCUUGGUUAAUUAAUUUUUUUAACAAGAUUAUGAGCACAAGCAAAAAGUCAGAUGAUUGAAGGAGAAUCAUAAUAGUUCUAAUCUACAAAAAUAAAUUGGAUAUUUAGAGUUACAGUAACUAUAGAAGCAUACAACUUAUGUGUCAUAUUGUGAUGUUGUGGGAAAAUGUUAUUGAAGCCCAUCUGAGAAGGGAGACUCAUAUCUCAGAGAACCAACCUGGUUUCAUGCUAGGGAGACUCAUAUCUCAGAGAUCCAUGAUAGGGCUUUGAUAAGGCUCCGCAUUCGGCAGGACUCUCUGCAUAACUUAAGCCCCCCCCCCACCACAUUAUAGGCGAAGUCAAGGCAAAAAGCACCCAGAGUCCGUCUACAUUGGCCACGGGGCAGAUGUAUGGACAAACCUGUUCAGAGCACGAAGUUGUCUCCGUGUUUGUGAUAGAAGCAAUCAGUUCAUAGAUCAUAGAAGGCAUUAACUCACUAACUAGACAGGUUCAAACUUCCUCCGUUUCUACAUACUCUUAAUGCUCUAUUCGUAUUCUCUAUCAUUGAUCGGUCUGGAUCCGUCUAGUGUUGAUAAGCCGGGCUCCGUGGAUCGUUGGUAGCCUCCCAAGUGCACGUAUUUUUCACGGAUUUCUCCCUGGAAUUGUUGAUCCCUUCCACUUCGCUCGUCGUGAGAGAAGUUUUGGGGGAACCAUUGUUGUAACCUGACAGUCACUGAGAGGGGGGUUGAAUUAGUGAGUCUAAUUCCGAUCCCCAAAAAACUGU